GAGCCCCUACUAUUUUGACAAGCUUGAAGCCUUUGGUGUUUUGUCUCAAAUUUGAACCUGAGAGUCUUUCCAACUUUCUAGUUAUAUCAAGGCUCUAUAAUCAAACUCUUUCCAUCACAGAAAUAUAAAUCUCGAAAUUGGAUUCGCCUCUUGAGAGAGUUCAUGGCAGUUGUUGAAGAACACAAAGAGAGCUCAUCUUGCCCACAGCCCAAGCUUGAAAAGGUGAGACAACCAAAGAACGAAGACAAAGACAAGCCCUUUUGUCAAAACUCUUCACGUCUCAAACAGAUGACCAAGAACAAUAACAAUUUGGCAAAUUAUGGAAAACAGGUAGUCAGUGCUAAGCCAAUGAAGUCUGACAGCCAUAAACCAAAGACAUGUAAGAAGGCCAAAGUCAAAAGCUUAUAUGAUACAUCCAAAGCUCAGUGUUCCGUUCUUGAAAGAGCAAAUGAGCUUGCAGCAAACCUAGCACCAGAGUUUCCUAGCCUCGUCAAAGUUAUGAUGCCGUCACAUGUUACUCGAGUCUUCUGGCUUGGUAUUCCUAGGUCGUUCUGCCGUGAGCAUAUGCCAAAGGAUGACACAAUGAUUGUCUUGGAAGAUGAAAAUGGGGAAGAAUACCAAACGAAAUAUCUUGUGGCGAAGGAAGGAUUGAGCGGUGGAUGGAGAGCAUUCUCAGCUGCUCACAAGUUACUGGAGGGAGAUGUUCUAGUUUUCCACAAAGUCAUGCCAUCAAAAUUGAAGGUGUAUAUUGUUAGAUCAACUGGUUCAGAUGAAGUGGAUUGCUCUCUUGGUCUUAUCAAAUUUGAUCAUGGCAUUAGACGAAUCAAAGCUACAGAAGUUACUGCAUGUGAAAGCUCAAAAAAUGGGAAACUGGAACCUAUUUCAGUGGAAACUCUGCAUGAAAAUGUUCAGAAGGAGAACACCACAGCCUGUAAUACCAUGUCUGGUCCAAUAUCAAACCAGUAUCAAAUAGAUAGUGAAGUUCUUUAUUCUGAAGUUCUGGAUGGAAUAAGGCUUUCAGAGUCUGUUAUCCCUUUCAAAGAAGUGAGCUGCAUUGAGAACUUUAAGGUCACAGUCAGUGGUUCAAUCAUAAAUGCUGAGAUCUCCGAACACCAUCUGAUCAAGUACUAUGAGCUCUGCCGCAGUCAAAACUCAUUUCUUCAUGAGCAUAUUCUUGAGCGUCUUAACUCCAGUCUGGUUGCUGGAAUAAUUUCCGAGACGGUAAAUCUUUCGGAUGCCAUUAGAGCCUGCAAGAUUACUACUUCAGAGUGUGAUUUUUGGACUUGGGAUAGGACUCUGCAAGCUUCUGAGAUGUUAGGCAUGAAUGUUGGGUUCUUGCGUGCCCGGCUGGACCAGCUUGCAAGCCUUGCUUCAAAAUCAAAACUGUGUAAAGAGGCUAGACUUGCAAGAGACCAAGCAGUAAAGGAUAUGAUAACCUUGGAAGCAAAGCUUGUAAGAGCCAGAGAGGUCAUAAAUAGGCUCAACUUUGAGAUUGAGAGUCUAAAUACAAGUUCAAAGAAGCUUGAGGCUAUGUUCAAAGAAGUGGCUAAGGCCCCUUGGUGAUGACAACUUCAGUGUAUUGUUCUUUUUUUUGUACAUCUGAGGAACGCUGAAAUUCUACGACUACAAAUGUGCCAAAGGUACUAGUUGAUGAAGAAACAUUUCAUGUCAUGAGAAUUCAGCUUUUGGAGGAGAUACUAGUUGAUGAGUAGGAGAUUCCUUUGCAGAUAUCUUGGGAUAACAUGAAGCGGGGAGGAUUAUUGUAGCAUCGAGUUCUCUCUGUCAUUUCCAGCUAACAUUGGAAAAUGAUGACUAAUUAGUGGAAUAGCCAGAUAUUAACUCUUGUUUUUUAAGGGGUGAAAUUGACACAAGCCCAUUGAAAAAUUACACAUGAAGGGAGGUGUAGUUUGUAAGAAAAAGGGUGUCGAUUCCAAUCCCUUUUUGUUAACCUAAUACGCGUUAUAAAGUCCUUUGUUUAAUUCUAUAAUUUGGCAAAGCUAGAGGAUUGUCAAGAUG